AGGUGGCCCCGGAGUUCCUGCCUUCACCUCAGCCCCGGCGGGCAGCGCGCCCCGUCGCGCCCCGGAGCUGUCUGGGCUGUCCCCGCCGGGCGGGAUGGAAGCGGACGGGGACCAGGAGGAGCUGGCCCGCUUGCGCUCCGUCUUCGCUGCCUGCGACGCGAACCGCUCGGGGCGCCUAGAGCGCGAGGAGUUCGGCGCGCUGUGCGCGGAGCUGCGAGUGCGGCCGGCAGACGCCGAGGCCGUGUUCCAGCGUCUAGACGCCGACCGGGACGGCGCCAUCACCUUCCAGGAAUUCGCGCGCGGCUUCCGCGGGGCACGCCGCGGGGGGCGGCACCGGGGCUGGGGGCCUCGGGAGCCCGCGUCCACCGCGGGCCAGGUGGAGCCCGACCGCGAGGACGGCGAGGAGGACGAGGGCGACGAGGACGCUGCGGAGACUCUGGCGGCACCCUGGGGUCGCGCGAGCCCGGUCCAGGCUUGGCAGGACUUCCAGACGCGACUCGGGGAAGAGGCCAAGUUCAUCCCCAGAAAAGAGCAAGUCAGUACCUUGUAUCUAAACAUCAACCUUGUGGAGCCAAGACUAAUUCAGCCAUACGAACACGUUAUAAGGAACUUCAUCCGUGAGAUCAAACUGCAGAGCACAGAAAUGGAAAGCCUGGCCAUUGCAGUGAAGAGAGCCCAGGACAAGGCAGCCAUGCAGUUGAGUGAGCUGGAGGAGGAAAUGGACCAGAGGAUUCAGGCGGCAGAGCACAAGACGCGGAAAGAUGAAAAACGUAAAGCUGAGGAAGCCCUCAGUGACCUCAGACGUCAGUAUGAAACAGAAGUAGGGGAUCUACAGGUGACAAUAAAGAAACUCAGAAAGCUAGAAGAACAGUCAAAACACAUAAGUCAAAAGGAAGAUGUGGCUGCAUUAAAAAAGCAAAUUUAUGAUUUAUCAAUGGAAAAUCAGAAAGUUAAGAAAGAUCUUUUAGAAGCACAGACAAACAUAGCCUUUCUUCAGAGUGAAUUAGAUGCUUUGAAAAGUGAUUAUGCUGAUCAGAGUCUGAAUUCAGAAAGGGAUCUGCAAAUAAUCCAAGAGUACACAGAAGAUCGAAAUAGUCUUGAGAGGCAAAUUGAAAUACUCCAAACAGCUAACCGGAAACUGCAUGACAGUAAUGACGGCCUGAGGAGUGCCCUUGAAAACAGUUACAGCAAGUUCAACAGAUCUUUGCGCAUAAAUAAUAUAUCACCAGGGAAUACAAUUUCUAGAAGCAGUCCCAAAUUUAAUGGUCAUUCCCCUCAACCUCUGGGCUAUGACAGGUCAUCCCGCUCUUCCUAUGUGGAUGAGGACUGUGACUCGUUGGCCCUCUGUGAUCCAAUGCAGAGAAUGAAUUGUGAGGUUGACAGCCUGCCUGAGAGCUGCUUUGACAGCGGCUUGUCUACCCUGAGAGACUCCAAUGAGUACGACUCAGAGGUGGAGUACAAGCACCAGAGGGGACUUCAGAGGUCACACGGCAUGCAGGAGAGCUUUGCGGGCGAUGCUUCAGACACAGAUGUUCCUGAUAUAAGAGAUGAAGAGACGUUUGGUGCAGAAGGCGUGGCUUCCAUCUUGGACUGGAAGCCCCAGGGGCCCUCUAGUGAAGGCAGCAUUGUCAGUUCUUCGAGAAAGCCCAUCUCGGCACUGUCACCACCGACAGACAUGGUGGAUGGUAACCAUAAAUCUUCCAGCUCACAGAAGGCUUACAAGAUUGUGCUUGCUGGAGAUGCUGCAGUGGGGAAGUCUAGUUUCCUCAUGAGACUUUGCAAGAAUGAAUUUCGAGGAAAUACAAGUGCCACUUUGGGAGUUGAUUUUCAAAUGAAAACUCUCAUUGUGGAUGGAGAGCGAACGGUCCUGCAGCUCUGGGAUACAGCCGGUCAGGAGAGAUUCAGAAGUAUUGCCAAGUCUUACUUCAGGAGAGCAGAUGGCGUUCUGCUGCUGUAUGAUGUGACGUGCGAGAAAUCCUUUCUUAAUGUACGAGAGUGGGUAGAUAUGAUUGAGGAUGCAACCCAGGAGAGCAUUCCUAUCAUGUUGGUGGGAAACAAGGCUGAUCUUCGUGAUGCUGCUGCAGCAGAGGGACAAAAGUGUGUCCCAGGAUACUUUGGAGAAAAGCUAGCCAUGACCUAUGGGGCAUUAUUCUGUGAAACCAGCGCCAAAGAUGGCUCAAAUGUAGUGGAAGCUGUUCUCCAUCUCGCUCGGGAAGUGAAAAAAAGAACCGAUGAGGAUGACAGCAAAUCCAUUACCAAUCUGAGCGGGACCAGUUCCAAAAAGUCAACCCAGAUGAAGAACUGUUGCAGUAGUUAAAUCCCACACAUCCUUGGCCUCUCAAGUCCCAGGGUGCUAAGUUUCCAUGACCUGUUUGCUUCUUGCAGAGUGGUACAUCCUACAGACACUGCCUGUGGGAAGUUACAGUGUGGGAGUCUGAAUCGUGCUCUAGAUCUCUCUGGAGCCCUGGCUUUUUGCUAUGUUUCAGUGAAUGAUUUGGGCCCCCUGGUUAAAUAUACUUGUCUUGUCCUUGCAGAGUCUCCAAGAUAAUGUGUAAAAAGUGAUAAAAAAAAAAAAAAAGUCACCUGCUCAGAUCAAAGCUGUAGAAGAAACUGACAUAAUUAGAUUCAUGUGUAGCUGACUUCGUAGAUAAUCCAUGACAAAAUUUUAUUUCAAAUAUUCGAUAGUAGAAUAUUAGUAAAAAGGGGUUACCAUCCUAGCUUUACUGCUAACUAGCCUGUGGCCUGAGAUCUGUCAGCAACCCACAUUAGAUCUGUUUCCUCAUCUGUGAAACAAGCAUCUUGGCCUUGCGGGCCUUGACCUCUCAGAUUUUGUGUGCUGUAUGGAGCGGGAAGGAGCCCCUGCUGGCCCACAGUUAAUAAGGACUCUGGUCGGUUGUACUUUUUAAAUAUUGGGGAUAUUGACUUUUCUCAUUUCUGAAACAACAGAACUUGAGAAAAAACAUGGUAAUGUGUUAGGCUCCAGUGGAGACAGAAAAAUCUAUUUUUUUAUAUAUAUAAAGAAAAAAACAUUUUUUUGUGACAAAGAGUUGGAAAAAAAUGGUAAUGUAAUCUCAGAAUACUUACAAAAUCCAUGGUUUAGAGUCAAUGUUAAAAAU